AUGGACUCUGUGGAGUUGGAAAAUAAGCACCACCACCACCACAACCCUCCUCCUCCUUACCGCCGCCACCUCCCUCCUCCUCCUCCUCCUCACCCCCACCACCACCACCAUCAAUUCUCUUAUAUAUCUCCUCAUUGCCCACAUCACAGUUAUCUUUUACGGCAAAAGAAUCAUUCACAAUCAUGCCCUUUUUUCACCAGUCGCUCCUCCCCUCAGAACACGGAACCAUUUGCUUUUGUUCAAUCCCAAACCCAUCAGGGUUCUGAGUGCAACGAAACGCACAAUAACUCCCUGAUGACACGGGAUGAGAUCAAGAAACUGGAGCUGGAAGAGGAAGAGGAGCCAGUCUUUGUUCUAACAGACGAAUGGAAGGAAUUCUUUGCUAAAUCUGAAGCCAAAAGGAGGCUAGCAAAGAAGCAGGCUAAGAAAAAGGGGAAGACUUAG